AUGCCGAAUGUUCAGAUGAACGAUGAUUAUCCAAUGGACGAGUUUGACCGGCUGCGACCUGAUGCGUUCUCAGAAUUCGAUCAGUAUAUGGAUGCACUUCCUGAUAGGUUGCAUGAAAAUUUGCCGGAUGAAAUCGCCGAAGAAGGCACUCGAAAUCAGAUCGACGAUUACGUCUAUGGAGCAGUGGCGAGGGAUGAACCCUACGACGAAGGAAAAGAUCGACAUCCGGCUAGAAUGACGCAAGCGGUGUCACCUGCGGAAUUGAAACUGAUUGAGUUGAGUAAGGAAUGGUUUGAAAAACUGCAUGGAACACGAUAUCACGAUUGCAUUUUGCUUUCUGGAAGAACAUAUGACAAAUAUGUUUGGGAUCUCAUUAUUGAGGGUCCAAAAGGGAGUAUUUAUGAAGGCGGCGUCUUUUUUGCGGAGAUAAAAAUCCCGAAAUUGUUUCCAGAAGAAUGCCCGAUUAUUAGUUUUUCCACAUUUAUAAUGCAUCCAGAAUUUCAGGACAAUGCGAUGUUUGCGUAUAAAAAUCUGCGGAGAUAUUGGAAAUACGAUAUGGAUUUGAUAUCGGUCGUCGAUUUCGUUUAUGAUAAUCUUGUUAACGUCAUGACGAAAACAUUAUUUUUCCCAUUUUGCCAUGCUGCGAUUCAUUUUGGACAUAGGGAAGCAACGUCUCAUCAACUUCCAUUCGGCGCCCUUAACACUUGCGAUCUAUUCGAAGAAGCCACUGCAUUGCACUGUCUUCGUGAUCUUGUCGAUUACGCGGACCUCACAGCGAAUGUGCUUCAUCCACCUUUAAGCGCCGUUGAAGAGAAUUGCGAUAAAUUCAAUCAUUACAUGAUGUGCACUUCAGGAGUUCGACCCGAUUGCAGGCAGUCGAGGGCUCCCAAUAUUGAGAAGAUGUAUGAAACGAUUUGCGAGGAGAAAUUCGCAGCGAUAAUGAAAGAUGAGAAGAAAUGCCUUCUAGAAGUGGAAAAUGACAAACAAGUGAAAGAGUGCUUUGUGAACAAAACGAACACGCUGAGAGACGAGACGCCAGACACUGCUUCAAUGCCAACAACAACGUACGAAUGCACCGUAAUCCAAGCCUAUGUCGAUUGCCUUUUCGAGCGAGAAUCGGAGACAUGCAAAGACGCGGUCAAAAUUGAGAUUUCGUUUUUAUCGAUGUUAGCCAAACGAAAUGCGGAUUCCGAAUGCAAUUUGAUGAUGAAUGCGACAAGAUCCAGACCAAAAGAGAAACCAUUGGAAGAAUGCGACGAUCGUGGAAACUGCAAAUGUCGACUUGCUGGGUAUUAUUACGACGCAGCCCAGAAGAAGUGUCUCGACGUGAACGAGUGCGACUCACUCUCAUCAGCUUGUUCCCAAGUGUGCACAAAUCUGCCGGGCUCAUACGAAUGCUCUUGUGAUGAGCGAUUCUAUCGAUUGGCUAGUGAUAAUAAGACGUGCGACCGAAUCGACAAGACACCAUUUUGGCUGUUUUUCGCGCAUGGUCAAAGCGUUUGGAAUAUUUCGACCGAUGGCAAAUCGUUCCAAUUGCAACGUGCCGGACUUCAGAAAACUGCGAUGAUCGACGUCGACGUGAAGGAGAGACGACUAUAUUAUGCGGAUAUUGGGGCAAAUGUGAUCGAAAGAAUGAAUAUUGAUGGAACAUUUCCGCAAGCUGUUCAACGAUUUGACGUUGAUGGGCUCGAAGGAAUUGCCGUUGAUUGGAUCGGACGAAAUUUGUAUAGUUUGAGGAAAACCGAUAUUCUUGUGCAAAGUCUCGAUGGCCGUUUUCGGACCUCCGUCUAUCGAAAUGUGAUGACCCUUCCGCGCUCAAUUGCCCUUCAUCCUUCCAAAGGAUUGAUGUUUGUCACCGAUUGGUCGUCGAACGCGUUCAUCGCAGUUGCAGCAAUGGAUGGAUCGAGAUUCAGGAAGAUCGUGACGGAUCGGAUCACAUGGCCGAAUGCGAUCGCCAUCGAUAUUUUUGCUGAGAAAAUUUAUUGGGCCGACGCAUUUUUGGACACGAUUGAAACGGCAAAUAUGGAUGGAACUGGAAGAAGGACCGUGGUUUCCGACGCCGGUUCGGUUCCUCAUAUUUUCGGUCUUGCUGUCGCUGACGACUUCAUUUAUUGGACCGAUUGGACAUAUAGGGGCAUUUUGAGGGCCAACAAACAGAAUGGUGAAAAUAUUACUGUUCUGGCACAGACUGCUCUUCUACCGUACUCUCUGAAAGUGUUCCAUAAGACAUUACAACCGGAUCAACCUUCUCCUUGCGAAUUGAUGGGCUGCGGACAAUUGUGCCUUUUGGGUGAAAAUGGAGCAUCGAAAUGCUCAUGCGGAGAAGGAUUCGAACUUCAAGAAGAUAACAAAACUUGCUCGUCGAAUUGCUCUGAUAUGCAGAUUGAAUGCGGUGGUUCUGAUCCGAAGUGCAUUUCGAAGCUCUAUCUUUGCGACGGACUCGCGCAAUGCUCGAAUCAGGCCGACGAAAUGAACUGUCCGCCUCGAAUUUGCCUGCCUGGACAAUUCCAAUGCCAUGAUAACAAGAAAUGUCUUCCACCGGGCGGACUAUGCGAUGAAGUGCCGGACUGUGCUGAUGGAUCCGAUGAAAUCUACUGUCCAGAGCCUAAUAAGGAUUGUGCGCCUUUAAAUGACCCGAAUGGUGAGUUUGUGAUCAACGAUUCGAAGAACGGAACAACUGGAAGUCUAAAAUGCAAUCCGGGGUACAGUUCGAAUUGUUAUACGUUCAGUUGCCUCCAGGGUGCCUGGAAUCCUGAGCCAGAACCUUGUACUCCAACUCGAGCUCGACGUCAAACUCAAGAAUGCUUCGCCAUCGGAGUUCCUUUGGGAAGCAACAUCUCAUAUUCGGCGCCAGCUAGCAACACGAUGACCUAUUCGCAAGGCACCCAAGCCACCAUCUCCUGUGCGCCAGGCCAUCAAAUUCAGGGACCAACAACAUCGACGUGCAAUAAUGGAAUAUGGGACCCUCUGACUUUGGGACCAUGCAUUCUCGCUCAAGCUUCUUCGACCGGCUGCUUAGCGCAUAUCCCACCAAUUGGUGGCGAAUUGAUCUACUCGACUGACCACCAAAUUGGUGUAUAUCCGGCUGGCACGACGGCAACUGCGCGUUGCACCAAUGGCGCCAACAUCGAAGGCGUCUCGACGGCAAGUUGCACCAAUGGCGCAUGGAGUCCGCCAAUGUUUGGCACAUGCGCCGUUUUCACGACGCCGCCAAUCAAUUGA